AUGGAGAGCGGCCCUGGGAUCCUGCAGCCGCUAGAACACGGAGAGGAGACCGGGCCAGCUUCGGGGACGGAUUCUCCGCAAGAAGUGCCACCAGAGACCCAGCUUGGUUCAGGGGUAUGGACGACGGAGAGCGGCGCCCGGAAUGGUCAGGGGGCGGCGGCCACUGGGAGGAACCUCCUGGACUCGGCUUCUCCCGCGAGCUCAUCUCAGGCUCCCGGACUCUGUGACUCCUUCCCGAGCUUGAACUUGCAGGAAGGCGAUUUUGAGAGUUCUGCGGCUGCAGAAGCGCCUCUAAGAGGGCAGCGCAAGGUGACCGCCUCCCCGGAGACAGCUGCGGCCGGAGCGAACCUGGGGUUGAGUCCGUCUGGAGAUGCAGGAGCCCGCGUGGACCCUGCCGACACCUGCGGGGCCGAGGUGGCGGCCGCCGGCUCGGAGGAGCCCAGCAGCGCCGGCGGCCCCAGCAGCUGCAGCGAGCCGAGCCCUCCCGGGGAGUCGCCGAGCCUAGACUCCCUGGAGUCCUUCUCUAACCUGCAUUCUUUUCCCAGUAGCUCGGAGUUCAAUAGUGAGGAGGGAGCGGAGAGCAGGGUUCCGGAGGAAGAAGAGGGCGCGGCAGUAUCGCCCAGGGCUGUCCCUCUGUGCAAGGACGAGGAGGAGGAGGCCGCUCAGGUGCUCGCAGCCUCCAAAGAACGCUUCCCGGGACAGUCUGUCUAUCACAUCAAGUGGAUCCAGUGGAAGGAAGAGAACACACCCAUCAUCACUCAGAAUGAGAAUGGACCCUGCCCUUUGCUGGCGAUCCUCAAUGUUUUGCUUCUGGCAUGGAAGGUGAAACUUCCACCCAUGAUGGAAAUCAUAACUGCUGAACAGCUGAUGGAAUAUUUAGGUUAGUGUUGCAAAACAGAUGAUUUUAUAUAUAUUUCAAAAGAAAAUGAAGUAUCUCAGUUACAAAAGGAAAAAUACUGCAUAAAUAUGAGUGAUGCUAUGGCAAUUUUGCACAAACUACAAACAGGUCUGGAUGUAAAUGUAAAAUUUACUGGUGUUCGAGUAUUUGAAUAUACCCCAGAAUGCAUAGUAUUUGACCUUCUUGAUAUUCCUUUAUACCAUGGGUGGUUAGUGGACCCUCAGAUCGAUGACAUUGUAAAAGCUGUUGGUAAUUGCAGCUACAACCAAUUGGUGGAGAAAAUCAUCUCUUGUAAGCAGUCAGACAACAGUGAGCUAGUGAGUGAAGGUUUUGUAGCUGAGCAGUUUCUAAACAACACAGCCACUCAGCUGACGUACCACGGAUUAUGUGAACUAACAUCAGCGGUUCAGGAAGGAGAGCUUUGUGUGUUCUUUCGGAAUAAUCAUUUCAGCACCAUGACCAAAUACAAGGGUCAACUAUAUUUGUUGGUAACAGACCAGGGAUUUCUUACUGAAGAAAAAGUUGUUUGGGAAAGCCUGCACAAUGUAGAUGGGGAUGGAAAUUUCUGUGACUCAGAAUUUCAUCUGAGGCCUCCUUCAGAUCCUGAAACUGUGUACAGAGGACAGCAAGAUCAGAUAGAUCAGGACUAUCUUAUGGCAUUAUCUCUACAACAAGAACAGCAGAGUCAAGAGAUCAAUUGGGAACAAAUUCCAGAAGGCAUCAGUGACUUGGAACUAGCCAAGAAACUGCAAGAGGAGGAGGACCGAAGGGCUUCUCAAUAUUAUCAGGAACAAGAACAGGCAGCAGCAGCUGCUGCUGCUGCUUCUACUCCUACCCAGGCCCAGGGCCAGCCAGCACAAGCCUCUCCAUCAAGUGGAAGACAAUCUGGGAAUAGUGAACGUAAACGAAAGGAACCUCGGGAAAAAGAUAAAGAAAAAGAAAAGGAAAAGAAUAGCUGUGUCAUUUUGUAA